UGUAGCCCAUCUCAUCUCUCUCAAUUCACGCCCAAAUUCUGCCGAUCAUCUGUCUCUCUCAUUUGAUCUCUUUGGGCCUGUGGAGCCCACACUCCUACCAUCAAUUUUUCAUUUUCUUGCUCUGAAAGAAAUUAGUAGUUAUUUUCUCUUCUUCUUUUUUGAUACUUCAUAUUUUCGCAAACAAAAGCAGAACGAAAAUUCACAAACUACAGCAAUAAUCAUGGACCCCGCGAAGACGAUACCACUGGAAGGCCGCGCCGACGAUUUGCUACGCUUCGGGAUCCACGGCGUCAAGAGCGAUAUCAUCGAACCCCACCCUCUUCAAUCUGCCCGUCGCUCUGCGAAGCAAACGCAAGAAGAGAUGAAGAAGAAAAUCCUGGCGAAUACUUACGGCGCAGCAUUCCUGAUGAAGAUGGAGAUGGAUCGUCAGAUUCUCUCCAAAUUUCAAAGGCCUCCUGGUGUAGUACAUUCGUCGUUUGUAGGUCUAGAGGCCUUUACUGGAACUAUGGAAGAGUUUGGUUUUGAAGAUUAUCUCAACGAUCCUAGGGAGUCUGAAUCAUACCGUCCAGUUGACCUGCAUCACGGUAUGGAAGUUCGUCUUGGUCUGUCGAAAGGACCGCCAUGCCCCAGUUUCAUGUGAAGCAUGGAUCCUAGGCCUUCUCUUGGUGUAUUGAUACUAUUACAUUUUUCUCUGUCCACUUAAUAGACUGUGUUCUUGGUGUAUUCAUACAUGGAAUUUAUCAUUGGCAUGAGUAUCGCAUGUUCUUUCCUUUUUUGUUUGAUUA